AUGGCAUCCUCUAGCCGUCUCCUGUCUGAAGUUCAGUUCCAGUGCUCUAUCUGUCUGGAUGUGUUCACUGAACCUGUCUCCACUCCAUGUGGACACAACUUCUGCGAGGCCUGUAUCAGCGGAUACUGGGAUACCACUGACCUGUGUCAGUGUCCACUGUGCAAGCAUAAAUUCAACAGAAGACUUCAACUAAAAACCAACACAACACUCAGGGAUGUUGCAGUUUAUUUUAAGAGGAAGAGAGCGAGAGACCUAGAUGAGUCCCUCCCUUCGCUUGGAGAAAUGGUCUGUGAUGUUUGCACUGGCAAACGAUGUAAGGCCCUGAAGUCCUGCCUGGAGUGUCAAACCUCUUUUUGUGAGACUCACCUGCAGCCUCAUCAGAGAGUCACCGGCCUGAAAAGGCACAAGUUAAUAGACCUCGUGGAGAAUCUGGAAGACAGGAUGUGUAAGAAGCAUGACAGACUGCUGGAGCUGUUCUGUAGGACUGACCAGACUUGUGUGUGUCAGUUCUGCAUUGAGACAGACCACAAGAAUCACCACACCGUCCCUCUAGAGGAAGAGUGUGGAGAGAGGAAGGUUCAGCUGGGGAAGACGGAGCGACAGAUACGUCAGAUGAUCAGGGAACAACUAGAGAAGGUUCAGGAGAUCAAACACUCAGUAGAGCUCAGCAAGAGAGACGCACAGAGCGAGAUGGCAGACAGCCUGCAGGUCGUCAGUGAUCUGAUGGAUUCCAUUGAGGAACGCAAGGCUGAGUUCAUUGAGGAGGUUGAGAAAAUGCAGAAAGCAGCAGAGAAUCGGGCUGAAGGGUUUAUUAAAGAGCUGGAGCAGGAAAUCACUGACCUACGUAGGAGACACACUGAGUUGGAACAGCACUCACACACUGAGGACCACCUCCACAUCCUCCAGAGCUUCCCAUCCCUGUGUACCCCUCCAAAUACCAAGGACUGGUCUGAGAUCAGUGUUCACUGUGAGCUGUGUGUGGGGAAUAAUAUGCAGCAGUAUGCAGUGGAUGUGACUCUGGACCCUGAUACAGCAUAUGAAAGGGUCGUUGUAUCCAAGGACAAGAAACUGGUGAGAAAAGGAGGCAGAAGAAGAAAUCUCCCUGACAACCCAGGUAGGUUUCUUUGGAGUUACUCUGUCUUGGGAAAACGGGGCUACUCCUCUGGGAAAUUCUACUAUGAGGUGCAGGUGGAGGGGAGGAUUUCCUGGAAGUUAGGAGUGGCCAGAGAGUCCUUGUUGUUCACUGAGCCCUGA